GUUUCCAAAGACGAAAACAGUUCGGUUAACUCGAUCAGUUCCAAAUAAAUAAUUUUACUGUUGCUGCAACGACAUGGGAAACACAUCCUCCGCCGAGGAAAUUAAACUCGGAGAUAGAAUUGGAGAAGGUUCAUAUGGAGAAGUGUUCAAAGCCGUGUGGAACGGGAAGCGAGUAGCUGCCAAACGGAUUCGACCUGUCUUCUUCGAGGGGGACUAUGAUGGAAGUAUUAGAGCCGCUUUCUUGGAAAAGUUUAAGAAGGAAUGGGAGAUACUCCGCAGCAUUGAUCACGACAAUAUUGUGAAAUAUUUCACUGCCAUUGUCCCACCGUCUCCCGAGAGCCCCAUUAUUGUGACAGAGUUGCUAGAGUGCGAUUUGGCGAAACACAUUCGGAACUCAACGACUAAACCAAAGGUUCCUUUCUCAGACGUAAUCAAAAUUAUGUUGGACGUCGCGGAAGCUUUACAUUACAUUCAUACCCUUAAGGAACCGAUUGUACAUCGCGACUUAGCGAGCAAAAACGUAUUGCUGACGAAAACAUUGCAUGCAAAGAUUGCAGAUUUGGGUCAGGCGAAAGCGUUCCCUCGUGGUGCAAUGUACGCGACUGCCAUGCCGGGAACACCCGUGUAUGCCGCUCCAGAAACGUAUCCCACGGGGUUGGGAGGACUACCGAAGGGCGAUAAAGCGAGAUACACCGAGAAAAUCGACAUAUUUUCGUUCGGAGCCAUGCUGCUAGAGAUCAUUAUUGGUCAUCUGCCAGCGCAUGACUUGCCUGACCCGAUUCUUGAAGGUAAAUGCCUCCGAUUUUGCCCUUGAAAUAACAUUGUGUAUGUUUAUACGUAUCUGUAGUCAAAAUAUAAUAUUUUGAACGAGAUUUGCUUAUGUAAAAAACAUUUGGUCGGGAUGUGUUAUAUACAAUAUGCUUUCUGAACCUAUGACGUAUCUAUUGCGCGUCACGCCAUAGGUAAAUAAAACUUGCGUGACUAACCUUUGUUUACUAAAGGAUUGGCCAAUGAACAACGCAAAAAUAGAUGAUAGAGUGCAAAACGGGAGUUUUGCACGGUCUUUUUCCCAAAAUUAGCAUGUUAAGAUAAAUAAAAGACGUUUAGUUCUGAAUUACUGCGAAAAGCUCAGAUCAUCUGUUAUAAUUGUUGUUUAAAAGAUCCAUUCAUGGAAGAAAUAGGGGAAAGUUUUUAGGUAGCCUGCAGAGCAGGCAUAAUUUUGUCGAGCGAGUAUUUCCUUGAUGAAAAGUAUAGCUGCCAUCUUUUAACGGUAGCGUAAGGCUGGUUAGAGAAAGAAAUAUGUACCAAAGGGGUGAGCAACGGUCAAAAGGAAGGGGAGAGGAGUGGGUGAGGCACUACAAAUCAGUCGCCUUUCGCCGCUCUCUUCCCCCACCAUCCACUUAAAUAUAUCUAAAUCAAACAUGCCUGGUCCAACGAUCGUUAGCAUAUAACGUUGAGUCACCUUGAUAAGACGCCUGCAGGCCCUUUUUUUUGGGGGGGGGGAGGGUGCGUGUAAUGUGCACCCAAACCGUAUUUGGUGUUUUUUCGGUAAACAAAAAUUCGCAUGAACUGUUUUUGCAUUCAUGGUCAUUCAGGAUGUUUGGGAAGCUUCUUACAACUUCGCUCGAGUCUGUUCCUGUUCGUAAGUCUGGUCGAGCCUUUAUGGUCAUUGGCUCCCGUAAUAGCCGCUAACUAUAUAUGGCUAAUAAAUACAGGCGUGAAGUGUUUACAGUAAAAAUUACUGAAGUCUACGACAGUUAUGCGAAACGUGUUGGAGAAUGAACAAGUUUUACAACUACUGUUCACAGAGUGCUGCCUACAAGUUCAGCAUAAGAAAAUUACACUAGCCUGGUGCUCGUAAAAUUAAAAAAAAAUUUCGAAGCAUCAAUCGUGCAAGGUACUCGUAAUCAUGUGAUUUCCACACAUAUCGCAAUGAGGUGUACAACACGGCACGAGUCCUCCCUAGUAAAUGGGUUGGUAGAGCAGUUGACUACUGUGCGAAAGUAGACGGGUUCUUUCUUUAGAUCUACUUCGAAUUAUCUUCUUUUUAUUUCAAUCUGAAUUUAACAUGUUUCUUAUCAUGACCUUUAUUUCAGAUGGGGAAAUAGUUCCAGAGUACAUACGCCGUAGUGAAGACCUGGAGGAAAUGGGUCCCAACCAUCCCCUCCACAGCCUUGUUUUACAGUGCUUGGACAACAUUCCCGAGAAAAGGCCCAAUGCUGGAAAGAUAAUAGAAGAACUUCUGAAAUUCAGCAAAGUUGUGGAUAGAACAUUAUCCAGUAGCCCCGCUGGGGACAAAGUUGGUGCCAUGUCACACAUUCAUUAUGAUCACAAGUUCAAGCUUGUAGUACUUGGCGAGUCUGGUGUGGGUAAGACAUCUAUCGUGACCCGAUUCCUGAAUGCCAACAGCCAGCUCUCUGGGAUAACACUCCCAAGGACACUCCAGUCCGAAGAUCACUUUCAGCGAUUGCGUUUCCGUGAUAAGUCAGUCCAUCUUCACAUCGUUGAUGUGGGCGGGCACGAGUUAGCCAGAGCCUCCAGCCUAGCGCCUCAGAUUUUUCGCCGCGUUCGGGGCGCGGUCAUAGCCUUCGACCUCCUCUCUGAGAUGUCUUUCUUGGAAGUACCGAAUUGGGUGAAGGUUGUCAGGGAGAAGUGCGGGGAAGAGCUUCCUAUUGUUCUAGUUGGAAACAAAGAUGACGAGUUGGAGAGAUGGGUUGAUUCGCGGAGAGUGGAGGAAUUCGCCAGAAGAGAGAAUCUAUUUUACAUAGAGUCGAGUGCCAAAUCUGGAAAGAACAUCGAUGAAAUAUUCUCUGUUCUCAUGGACUUAAUGAUCGAAAGCGAAAACCAAAAGGAAGGUGAAUCUAAGACAAGCGAUCUAGUCGCUUCCUUACAAACAAGCCUCUCUGACAGGAUCACCAGCCAGGAGAAGUCCCCCAUUGCUGAACGCCUCCUUACUUCUCGUCAUCACGCCCUCGAUCCGGGAGUCAUAGAACUCAAGGAAGAAAAGGGAAACAAAGGGACAAUGGAGCAAGACGGGGGCGGCAGGAAAAACAAAUCAUGGUGUUGUUUGUUGAACUAAAGUGAGAAAGGACGAUGUUAGAAACGGAUGAACAUUAGAUUCACCGGCUUGAAAUACUCAAGGGUUACAAGAUGGCGAUGAUUUUUGUUAAUAUUCACAGUCACUUUCCUUACCGUAUAUAUCGCUGUAUUAUGUGUUAUAAUGAAGACAUUAUUGUGGGUUUUUCCUUCCGAUAAGUGAAAAUCAGUUUACAUUGUCUCUGAUAAUAUGUCAAUGUUAAAUAAGAAACUUUUAGAGAUUUGAACUUUCCGGGUUGUGCCAAGUGACGAAAGUUUAUACCCUAGGUGCCCAUGCUAACCAGAAAGAAAUGGACUUUUUGCUGAGCCAUAUGGCGAAAUUCUUAUAACUUUUUCGCUGAUGACUUUAUUAUGAACUCCUUCCUCCCGUGGACUUGCUCUUCUUAAGCGCCUUUUCCUCCUCGCUUUUUGCUGUUCAUGUGCAUCGGGAAUAAUAUUUGAGGAUAAAUAUUACACUUAAAAUGUUAUACGUGGAAAACAACAUUGAUUGGCGUUCAUUAUAUGUUAUUGAACUACAGUUGUGUGUUGAACGUAGAGUAAUAUAAACUUCUAAUUUUGAUUAUGGUCCUUAGACGUGAAAGCAUUGAUAAAACUAAUAUAUUAAUGAUUGCAGAGCUGUUACGAGUUUAGUAAACAUCACGAUAAAAAGCGGC